AUGUUUACCUUUACUCCUUUGCUUGGAGCGCAAUCAUCCGGUUCGAGAGCCGUCCAAUCGAUACUAGAGCUCGAUGGUGGAGUGAAGAUAUUGGUCGAUGUUGGGUGGGAUGAGAGUUUUGAUGUAUCCGCUCUUGCGGAACUAGAAAGGCAAAUCCCUACGUUGUCGCUCGUUUUGUUAACCCACGCAACGCCUUCUCACAUUGGUGCAUUUGCGCAUUGCUGCAAAACUUUUCCUUUAUUUAAUCAGAUUCCCAUUUACGCAACCAGUCCUGUCAUUGCCCUAGGCCGCACACUUCUUCAAGACCUUUAUUCUUCCGCACCCCUCGCUGCCACCUUUUUGCCGAAAGCUACAUCGGCGGAUUCCUCCCCAUCGUCGCCAAUAUCUAGUAGAGCUGAAAAUGUAGCAGAUACUGCAAAUAUAGACCAUAACGACUCCCCUAGAAUACUUUUGCCUCCACCCACGUCCGAAGAGAUUGCCCGUUAUUUCUCACUAAUCCACCCCCUGAAAUAUUCUCAGCCGCACCAACCUUUACCAUCCCCGUUUUCUCCCCCACUCAACGGCCUGACCCUCACAGCGUAUAACGCUGGUCAUACUGUUGGAGGUACCAUAUGGCAUAUUCAACAUGGCAUGGAAUCUAUUAUCUAUGCGGUCGAUUGGAACCAAGCAAGAGAGAACGUCAUUGCUGGUGCGGCCUGGUUUGGAGGAUCGGGCGCAAGUGGGACAGAGGUAGUUGAGCAGCUGAGGAAGCCGACUGCGUUUGUCUGCAGCACAAGGGGCGGGGAUAAGUUUUCCCUUUCAGGUGGGAGGAAAAAAAGGGAUGAUCUACUCAUGGAUAUGAUUCGGAACUGCUUCUCCAAGGGUGGGACGGUUCUUAUACCCUCCGAUACAAGUGCUCGAGCCCUUGAGUUGGCAUAUGUUUUGGAACACGCGUGGCGAGAAUCAGCAGAGACUGUGGAUGGAGAGGAUCCAUUGAAAAGCGGAGAACUUUACCUGGCUGGCAAAAAGGGUUAUGGGACAAUGCGGCUCGCUCGAAGUAUGCUUGAAUGGAUGGACGAGGGAAUUGUCCGUGAAUUCGAAGCCGGCCAUGGAGGCGAUCCUGUCGCUGCCGGUGGUAAAGGCCGUCAGGAGGGCCCAAAUCAACGAACUCCGUCAGCAGCCAUGACAGACAAAAGAGGCGAUAACUCAUUCAAAAACCUCGGUCCCUUCACAUUCAAACACCUUAAAAUUGUGGAACGCAAGGCCAAACUAGAGAAGAUACUAGGAUCAAAUACGCCUAAAAAAAUAGCUUCAGGAUCUGAGAAUCUUGUUAUCUUGACUGAAUCAUUCUCGGUAUCUCCUAAUAAGCAGAUGGUGGAUGACUUUCGUUUUAGACCCUCUCUAGCUCAUGAAAUAUGGACAAUUUAUGAGGAGCGAAAGGACGGGGUUUCUUCAGAAACGACUGUUAACGGGGAGCUUCUGGAGCAAGUGCACAGUGGUGGGAGGCUGCUCACUGUCACUGAUGUUGAAAAGACUCCUCUGGAUGCCAAUGAUCUGCUGGUGUAUCAGCAGUACCUUGCAACAAGAAGGCAAUUACAGAAUACUGCUCAGGGAAGGGGAGACUCUGGAUUAGAAACUACGGCUGAUGCACUUGAUGAUGGGUCCAGCUCGUCCUCAUCAGAGGACUCAGAUUCAGAACAGCAAGGAAAAGUGCUUAACUUUUCAGUUUCACUAGCUCAUUCCAAUAAGAAUAAGCUAGGUUUAAGCGAUGCCGACCUGGGAGUGAAUAUUCUCUUACGACGGAAAAAUGUUCAUGAUUACGAUGUCCGUGGUAAAAAGGGCAGAGAACGGAUGUUUCCUUACGUUGCUUCAAGAAAACGUGGUGACGAAUACGGCGAGUUUAUACGACCAGAAGAGUACCUUAGAGCCGAGGAACGCGAAGACGCUGAAAUACAAACAAAACGUGGGCCGGAUGGACGUAUUCAAACGAUGCCCGGUCAGAAGAGAAGAUGGGGUGAUCGGAAAUUUGGUUAUUCUGAUGGAAUCGGCGCCAACGGCACUGAAGAUGCUAGUGCGUCUGAGGCAGAAGUUGAAGAACAGCACAUCGAGGAGCCCUCCAAGGUUACAUUUACUUGUUCUACGUUGGAGCUGAAUGCCCGAAUUGCCUUCGUAGAUUUCUCUGGGUUGCAUGACAAGCGUAGCUUGGAGAUGCUCAUUCCACUUAUACAACCCAGAAAAUUGAUUUUGACCGCGGGUCUCAAGGAAGAAACAGAGGCUCUUGCUGCUGAAUGUCGGAAUCUAUUAACAGCGAAGGCUGGUUUAGAGCUGGGGUCAUCCAGUCAGUCCGUUGUGGACAUCUUCACACCGGUGAUUGGUGAAACAGUGGACGCCAGUGUGGACACGAAUGCGUGGAUGGUCAAACUAAGCAGUACGUUGGUUAAACGUCUAAAGUGGCAAAGCGUUCGAAGUUUAGGCGUUGUCGCUCUCACGGGAGAAUUACGGGGACCAGAACCGAUGGCUGCUGACGAAGACGGGCCGGGAAUGUCUCAAAAGAAACAGAGGACGUUCUCCGAGAAUGCUUCUAGCUCUGAGGGGAAUGAGAAAAAGCAGCUCGUGCCUAGAAAACACUCUUUCCCUCUUCUAGAUGUUCUGCCGGUCAAUAUGGCUGCGGCAACAAGAUCCGUCACUCGACCGCUUCACGUUGGAGACCUCAGGUUAGCUGAUCUUCGCAAACUUAUGCAAUCCUCAGGCCACACUGCGGAAUUUCGUGGUGAAGGCACUCUUUUGAUUGAUGGGUUCGUCGCCGUCCGGAAGUCUGGGACAGGAAAAAUUGAAAUUGAAGGCGCCGCUCAAUCUGCGUUGUCGAACCGUUCAGCCUUGAAGCGCGAUGAAGGGAGCUUUCUAGCAGUGAAGAGGAAAAUUUAUGAAGGUCUGGCAAUCGUUGCUGGCGGAUAA